AUGGCGGAUCACAAAUCUCUCACUCCAAUCAUUGAAGAAGAUGAAGGGGAAGUAGAAGAUCACCAUGUUCUUGCACCUAGGCAAAUCAUAAGGAAUUGCCUGACGGAUGCUUUGAAGAAAACCCUGGUGGAUUUGGAAUCUCAAUUGUCUGCCAUUGUCGCAAUCCCUCAAAGCAAUGCACAAGUAUUGUUCGAGUUUGACAAGCGGCUCAAGAAGGAGGAAAAAUUUCACCAUUGGGAGUCGAAGGAACUGAUGAUAUGGGAUUCCAGUCCGGUAGAAGCUUCCAAGUAUCUGAAAGGCAUUGAAGAGAUACAUAGCCUGAUUGAAACCAUUGGAGGCUUGUCCGCAGACGAGCAUGGGAAGCUGAAGAAGGACCUUCUUUACCGGGCAAAUAGUGUGUUGCAGUUGGCAAUGUCAAGGCUAGAGGAGGAGCUAGUCCGAAUUCUCCUUCAGUACAAGCAAUGUGUCGAUCCAGGUCCCAUGUCUUUUCGUUUGUUUGGAGCAGAUCAAGUAGUGUAUGAUGAGUUCUCACUUGCUUCAAUUGAUGAAGGAUCGAGUGAGGUAUCGUCGGAGAGAAAUAGUAAUAGCAAUGAAUCGGAGGAUUAUGUGGUGGAUUUGGUGCAUCCACUUGGAAUGCCUCAUCUCAAGUCCAUUGCAAAUGUUAUGUUCGCUACGAAUUAUGGGGAUGAAUUUUGCCAAGCUUUUAUCAACACGAGGAAGGAAGCUUUCAAUGAGUAUUUGUUGGAUGUUCUUGGUUGGCAGAAAUUCAGCAUUGAAGAUGUGCAUAAGAUGGAGUGGACAAACUUGAACUCGGAGAUAAAGAAAUGGAAUUGGUUAAUGAAGAUCGUCGUGCGGGUCUAUCUUGCUAGUGAGAAGCGUCUAUGUGAAAAGAUUUUGGGAGAGUUUGGAUCUUUUAGCUCAUUUUGCUUUCUUGAAACAACGAUGGAUACAAUGGGGUGCCUCUUGAAUUUUGGUGUAGCCAUAGCCAUUGGGGCUCGUAGUCCAGAGAAAUUAUUUUCAUUUCUUGACAUGUAUAAUGUUAUUGCAAAUCUUCGAAAUUAUAUAGAUGCUUUGUUCAUAGAAGAUGCUGGAUGUGCCAUAAGAAACCAAUUCCAUGAGAUUCUGAAGAGCUUAGGAAAUUUGGCAAAGACAACUUUUGUGGACUUUGGGAAUGUCAUUGCUUCCAACACAUCAGCAAAUCCAUUCUCUGGUGGUGGUAUUCAUCCUCUCACUCGGUAUGUCAUGAACUUUAUUAAGACUGUUACUGACUAUGGUGAUACACUUAACUUGCUUCUCAAGGAUCAACACAUAGAAGGAUCAAUUACAGAAAUUGAGUUUGAAGAUAAGAAAGGCAGUUCAUCUUCGACGCUCACUCCAACAUCUCUUCAUGUCAUGUCAAUUACUGGGAUUCUAAAAUCAAAUCUCGAGAACAGAUCCAAAUUGUACAACGAUGAGGCUUUACAGCAUGUUUUCAUGAUGAACAAUCUCCACUACAUGGUGCAGAAGAUCAAGAACAUCAAACUUGAGCUUCUUUUUGGAGAUGAAUGGAUAAGAACACAAAAGAGUAAAGUCCAGCAACAUGUUAAAGAUUAUGUUAGAGCUACUUGGAGUUCAGCCGUUUCUUUGUUAAGAGAUGAUUUUCGAGUGUCACAUUCUCUCUCAAAGAGAAGUUCUAAAAGUAGGUGCAAGGCUUUUACUAAUGCUUUUGAGGAGGUGUACAGGACACAGACAGGAUGGUACGUACCAGAUCUUGAGCUUCGGGAAGACCUACAAAUUUCAACUUCACAGAAUGUAAUCCCUGCAUAUCGUAAUUUUGUCGAGAGGGUCUCUGUAAAGUUUAAGAUCACUGACAAGUACAUGAAGUACACUGUUGAUGAUCUGGAGAAGCAUCUUUUUGAUCUAUUUGAAGGGUCGCGGAGAUUAUUAAACAAAUCAUUUACGUGUAGGAAGUGAAACUCUGCUUGUUAUUUAUAGUUCUAGUGUUUUGUGUUUUAUUUUGUCAGGAAUGCAUUGUAAUAGAUGUAAAUGCAAUUGUUUCUAGUCUUCUUAAG